AUGUCGUUUGGGCUCACUAAUGCGCUGCCAUACUUCAUGGAGACGAUUAACAACAUGCUUCGUGGAUUGAAGGAUUUUGUGGUGAUUUUCAUUGCUGAUAUACUCAUUUUCUCCAAGACUAAAGCGGAGCAUGCAGAGCAUUUAAGUAGGGGUAGCUCUGUUGACCCUAGUAAGAUUUCGGUGAUAGUGGAAUGGGAAAGGCCAACUAACGUCAAAGAUGUUAGAAGUUUCUUGGGUAUGGCAGGUUAUUAUCGACGCUUUGUAAAGGACUUCUCUAUCAUUGCCAAACCGAUGACACAACUUACCCAGAAGAAUGCCAAGUUUAUAUGGUCUCCUGAGUGUGAGAAGUGCUUUCAGGUGCUGAAGGAGAGGUUGAUUACUGCUCCUAUUCUUACUCUUCCUGAACCUGGUAAAAGUUUCACAAUUUAUUCAGAUGCUUCCUGA